UUCUGCUUCUUAAACAUUCAGAGAGUAUAAAAAAGUGACCAAGAAAAGAAGCAGAUGUGUACGGAACAGCGCAGAAUUACACCAGCCUUGAAAGCCUUACGUGAACCUGACGAGAGCUGAACAACCUUUAGUUCAGAGUCAGUACUGUAUGUGUUGAACUCGGUAACGCUGCACGCUAACAGGCACGUGCGAAUGUGCAUAUGUGCAGCUGAACAACAAUUCUGAUAAUGAACUCAAGUGUUGAACACAUACAUUAGUAUAAAGUUUGUUAUUUUGUAAAAAGAAAAAUGUACGAUUCUUAGAUCAUUGUUUGGCUAAGAAGAGAAUGAUCGUGGACUGUUAAUUGCAGCCGAGUAAUUAAGAAAUUAGCGAAGUGUAAUGUUUUCAGAACAAAAAAAAAGUAUAUGCAUCCACCUCUUUAAAACAAAAAAUUAUAAUCAUUGACUAUUCUAAACUGUUAUACCAACAAUCUGGAAACCUUAGAAAUCAGUGACUGGUAAGAUAAGGUCUACGAUACAACUUGUAAGAUCGAUACAACACCUUCAGCUGAAAGUUUUGAAAAAUACCUUCUAAGAUUUGGUCAAUGUCUGGACACAGUAGCAGCGAUCAGUGACACGCUACGGUGUAUAAUAUCAUGUGUUUAGUUGGACAAAAUACUUUAAGGAAAUAUGCCAGACUUGGCACAGUACCGUCAAGCUGAGUCAUUACAGAAUACAGCAACUCUUUUUGUCCGUGUUUUAGCUGGACUACAAUACUCCCAGUUACACCCAGCAGCUCCCAGGAGAGCAUUAUGCACGAGGGACUAAUCACAGCCUCACUUCCCAGUGACAUCUGACAAGUCGUUAGUGACGAGUCGUUGGAGUGACGUUAGUGACGACUCGUGGAGUGUCGUCACUAACCCGAGGCACUAACCGGAGCCUCACUACAGUGUCUCAGGUUGCGUGUUCAUGGAGUCUGAGGCUGGCGGAGUCUGAGGCUGGCGGAGUCUGAGGCUGGCGGAGUCUGAGGCUGGCGGAGUCUGAGGCUGGCGGAGUCUGAGGCUGGCGGAGUCUGAGGCUGGCGGAGUCUGAGGCUGGCGGAAAAACGAGUCACAUCAAAAAUAAUCUACAACAGCGAACUGGGAAAACUGUAAAAAAAAAAAAAUAAGCUUUAUAAAACCACAGUUCCCGCGAGGAGUACCCAUAUCAACACAGGAAUUAUCGUCCCUAUGUUGUUGAAAUCAGAAAUGAUGCGAGGAAUCCCUGUGGUAACGAGGAUUCGGAAGCUUGGUAAUGAAGCUUCAGGUGCUUGGUAACGAUGCUUCGUAUGCUCAGUAACGAGGCUUUAGGUGCAUGGUAACGUGGCCUUUGAGAGCUUAGUAACAAGUAUUCAGAAGCUUCGUAACGGAAAUAAAAUUUAACACCUGGUGGAACCCAGACCAAAAGACUAUUUUCAUAACUCGAUGUUAUAGAAAAGGAGGUGAUUUCUUUAUUAUUUUUUCCAAUACUUUGUUGUGAUUAAUCAAAGAGGAAAUAAGACACUGUUAAAGAUUAAUAGUUUUUAUAAGAGUAUAAAUGUAUGCAAAGUGAAAAAAAAGAAAGACCCAGCAGCAUCCAAUCCUAACUGUGUGUUAUCGCGUGUUAUGCAAUAAUAACACAAAGCGUCAAUACGAUUUCUGCGAACACGGAGGUCUGCGAACAGGAAGGUCUGCGAACAGGAAGGUCUGCGAACACGGAGGUCUGCGAACAGCGAGGUCUGCGAACAGCGAGUUCUCCGAACAGCGAGGUCUGCGAACAGCGAGUUCUCCGAACAGCGAGGUCUGCGAACAGCGAGUUCUCCGAACAGCGAGGUCUGCGAACAGCGAGGUCUCCGAACAGCGAGACGAGGGGCAGGAAUAACAGACUAGUGAGAGAGACAGACGGCCCAAAUGAGAAAUAAAGAUGAAGGCAAAGAAGACACACAAAGAAUAAAACGCAUUACCAGGAAAGAAUAACCCGCAUAAAGGCGAAGAUACCCAGGCGAGGAACGGGAGAAGACACCAGAGCCAACAGAAGAAGAAGAGGAGCUCGUAGCCACCAUGUACAGCAUGGACGGCUUCGAUAUGGAGGCGCUCAACAGGCAGUUCUUCGAGUCGGCGGCCUUCAGCGAGUUCCAGGCCGGGGUGGUCUUCGAGCCGGGGAGUGGCGGCUCCUCCCCCGCUCAUCUCGACCAAGAGAACACGUACCUGAUGUUUGAGGGCGACAGCGGAGGCUCCUCUCCGUCACACAACGACCAGGAGAACACGGUGCUGCGCAGGAAGAAGAAGCGGCGGUGUCUGAUGGCGCAGAUGCAGCAGCGCCAGGCGGCCAACAUGCGCGAGCGCAAGCGCAUGCAGAGCAUCAACGACGCAUUCGAGGGCCUUCGCGCGCACAUCCCGACCCUCCCGUAUGAAAAGCGGCUCUCGAAGGUGGACACCCUGCGCCUGGCCAUCGGGUACAUCAGCUUCCUGGCAGAGCUGGUGGCGAGCGACCGGGCGCCCGACCCUCACCUUCACCCGCCUAACCAUAACGACGCCAACAGGAAGGUCAUCGUCAGGAGUUCUAGAACGAGUGUGGAUAGCGUGCCACACUCCCUCACCUGGUCCCACGUCCGCCCACACGUUAUUAAUGGCAAGGUGUCCGCCAAGACAUGGAUCCCGGAGCCGCAGAAGCGCCAGUGAACAUUCGGUGAACACUCGAGGAACACUUCAUGAACCCUAAUUGAAGAUUUAGUGAACCCUCAGUGAACAGUGAAGUUAAGUGAACAAUGAAUUGUCAAUGAACACUUGGUAAACCUUUGGGGAAACCCUGGUCGAACUUUCGGCGAACACUCGGGGUUGAACACUAGGAGAAUGCGUAUUGAACGUUGUGAACGCUUGGUGAACAUAGUAAGAGUGAAUAUUGUGGUCACUUGGUUCGUGCUGUGAACGUCUGGUGAACGCUGUAAGCUCUUGGUGAAUAGUAUGAAUCUUCAGAACAUUUUACAAAAUCAUGAACACUCGUGAGCAUCUAGUGAACAUACGGCGCUAUAACAUAUAACAGUGAACACUCAGGGCGUGGCACUGUCACCGAGGCACUUGGGGCGUGGCACUUACUGAACUCAGUGACUUUCACAGUGGGGGGGGGACUUACAAGAGCAGCAAUGCAAUUUGCAUGCAACAACAAUCACGAGGAACUGAACAAAAUGGCGAUCAAGACCUCUUAGAGUGACUAUGUCUGCGUAUCCACAACAAUGGAACUUACAUAUAUACGAGAACAUUUCAACUGCUCCAAAAGUUCUGAAGUUGAUUACGUUCAGCAAUGAAUGUGAAGAGUAAUGAAAGCGCUGGACAUUGAACUUUUGCAUUGGCUUCUAGAGAACGUGGGAGAAUGUUCUGCCGUUAGUGGUGAACACACCGCAAGCUUCAAAAGUUCGAUACAAAGAGUUCGAUUCAAUGUCCAGUCAAUUCCUAUUUUCAUUGAGAUGUUCGAGUUUCAAGACUCUUUGAUGGCACCGAUGGUUAGAAGUAUUUAGUGUUAAUAUGUCGAGUUUUUCACUCUGUGCGUGUGUGUGUAUAUAUGAAUGUGUGAUUUGCAUAUGCGUGACUGGGACUGUCAGUCUCUCCUUGGAGAGACUCCCCUGGGAGUCGACCGGGGGCCUUGGGAGUCGACCGGGAGCCCCGGGAGUCGACUGGAGGCCCUGGGAGUCGACUGGAGGCCCUGGGAGUCGACCGGGGGCCUUGGGAGUCGACCAGGGGCCCCUGGGAGUCGACCGGGAGCCCCGGGAGUUGACUGGGGGCCCCGGGAGUCGACCGGGGGCCCUUGGGAGU